GUUGCUUCCCUCUGAGCUUUAUGUGAACAACCCCAUCCUAUGAGGAGGAGGAGGAGGAGGAUCCGUCAGCCUUCUUAGCUGUACAAUGGGGACUGCAGGUGACGACAUGGCUUCGGUGGAGCAGAAUGCCUCCUUGAACCCUCUAUGCUUUGAGUGUGGCCAGCAGCACUGGACAAGGGAGAACCAUCUCUACAACUACCAGAACGAAGUGGAUGACGAUUUGGUCUGCCACAUUUGCCUUCAGCCCUUGUUGCAGCCAUUGGACACUCCCUGCGGACACACUUUCUGCUACAAGUGCCUAAGGAACUUUCUGCAGGAGAAAGAUUUCUGCCCGCUGGAUCGAAAAAGACUCCAUUUUAAACUCUGCAAAAAAUCCAGCAUUCUUGUUCAUAAACUGUUAGACAAGCUAUUUGUUUUGUGCCCCUUCUCUUCUGUGUGUCAGGAAGUCAUGCAGCGAUGUGACCUGGCGGCACAUCUCAAAAACAGGUGUCCUGGGGCUUCUCAUCGAAGGGUUGCUCUGGAGAGAAGGAAAAUGAGCAAGCUGCAAGCAGAAGCAGAGGGCGAGAGCGGUCCCGGCGGGACGGAGCAGCCUAGCAGUUUAUCUCCGGACACAGAUCAGGGAAUAGUGCCAGCCGAGCAGAGCUUCAUCUCGCCCGCUCUUCCCGCAUGGACAGACGAGCCCGGCAUCGACAAUCCGCCUUUUGAGGAGAACACAGUAGCAGACACAAAUCAACAGCCACCUGCCUUGCCUGAAGGAGAGAUCACUACUAUUGAAAUUCAUCGGUCCAAUCCUUAUAUCGAAUUAGGAAUUAGCAUAGUGGGUGGCAAUGAAACACCUUUGAUCAACAUUGUCAUUCAAGAGGUUUAUCGAGAUGGGAUCAUUGCCAGAGAUGGAAGACUUCUUGUUGGAGACCAAAUACUUCAAGUCAAUAGCUUUGACAUAAGCAACGUGUCUCACAACCACGCUCGAGCUGUGCUUUCCCAGCCUUGCUCGGUGCUGCACCUCACCGUGCUGAGGGAGAGGCGGUUCGGCAGCCGCACACACAACCACGCGGACACCACCAGCUCCUUGCGGGAAGACAGCUUUCAAGUGACGCUGCAUAAACGCGACUCCAGCGAGCAGCUUGGCAUUAAACUUGUACGCAGAACAGAUGAGCCAGGAGUUUUCAUUCUUGACCUUUUGGAAGGGGGGUUGGCUGCUCAAGACGGCAGGCUCUGCAGCAACGACCGCGUACUUGCAAUCAAUGGGCAUGACUUGAAGCACGGGACUCCUGAGCUUGCUGCUCAGGUUAUACAGGCUAGUGGGGAGAGAGUGAAUUUGAUUAUCUCUAGACCCCUGAAGUCACAGACGGUCAGUAUUAUCCGAGACACUGGGACUCACAACAGCACCUCACACCAACACCAGUCCCAGCAGCUGUUUCACAGCAGACCCAACUCACAUAAGGAUCUUUCCCAGUGUGUUACAUGCCAAGAAAAGCACAUUACUGUGAAAAAAGAGCCACAUGAAUCUCUGGGAAUGACAGUGGCAGGAGGCAGAGGCAGCAAAAGUGGCGAACUGCCCAUCUUCGUGACAAGUGUACAGCCUCACGGGUGUUUGGCAAGAGAUGGCAGGAUUAAACGAGGUGAUGUGCUGCUGAACAUCAACGGUAUCGAUUUGACUAACCUAAGUCACAGCGAGGCAGUGGCCAUGCUGAAAGCUAGUGCUGCCUCUUCAGUAGUGGCCUUGAAAGCCUUGGAAGUCCAGAUUGUAGAAGAACAGCCCCAGGCUAAUGAAGAACAAUUGAGUACCAUCAGUGAAAAUGAAUACGAUGCCAGUUGGUCACCAUCGUGGGUCAUGUGGCUGGGACUUCCAAGCUGCCUACAUAGCUGCCAUGAUGUAGUACUGCGGCGGAGCAAUUUAGGGAGCUGGGGUUUCAGCAUCGUCGGUGGCUACGAGGAGAACCACACGAACCAGCCUUUCUUCAUUAAAACAAUUGUUCUUGGAACUCCCGCGUACUUUGAUGGAAGAUUAAAGUGUGGUGAUAUGAUUGUUGCUGUAAACGGACUAUCCACGGUUGGAAUGAGCCAUUCUGCACUCGUUCCCAUGCUGAAGGAGCAGAGGAACAAAGUUACUUUAACAGUGAUUUGCUGGCCCGGAAGCCUCAUAUAGAUUUGGGAAUCACUUCGGUUCAAGCAGCAUCUUUUUCUAGAUAGCUGGCACAAGAAUCUCCUCUAUCUUUUUUUCCCUAUUGAUACAGCUGGUUAUAAGCAGGGCCAAAACUGCUGUAUUUGCUUUUUUUAUGGGCCUCUCAGACUCACUCUAUGUAACUUUCCAUCCUGAAAUAGCCAUUUCUGUUUGCUAUAUCCAUUGCUGACGCAAAUGCAAAUAUACAUGAGCUCACAGAGAAACUCCCACUCUGAUAUGCCUGUCAUUGAACUUUCCCUGUCAGGCUUGUAGAGUCAGCAGAAGAAUUUAGUGGUUCUUUGGGUUUCUCUGCUCAGUCCUCAAGUUAUAUGUGAUAUAUGAACAUAAUAGCCAUGUGCCCGUUCUUCCCUGCAAAGAGAACGUGUAUCAGUACCGCAGGGACACGUCUGUCUGCUGCUGUGAAUCAAAAUCUGUUUCCAAGGGUACAUCUUUUCAUUUCGUAAGCCUUUCCAUUUUUGAUUCAGUAUUUCAGACUGAUUCAAGAAAUCCAUCUUACUCCUCAGAAAUUACUUGGUCCCCCAAAUUUUUCUUGCAGGGCAUCGGUGUUUGUAGAAAAGUAGGACAAAAGCCUGAUAUUACUGGAAUUUUUAUAAAGUGCAAUAAUUGGACUCUUUGUUAGGAAACUUUAAUGUAUUACAGAGUUUGUAUCCUAUAACAACAAGAAAUAUGGAAGUAAUCACUGUUGCAGUGCUGGCAAGAGUACACGUGCCCGAGGUCACCUUUGAGUGAAUGGCUUGCAGUAUUAGACUUGACUUUACAAAUGAAUGUUUUGCUAUGUCAGAGAAUUUUGAUGAACAUUUUUACGAAGAUCGUUUUUACCAUUUCUAUUGUAGUUGUUAGCUCUCUUUAUUCAUGUGUGGAAACAAUACUUUGACUUGUACUUUCUAAAUGAGGGAAUUAUUUCCAGGAAAAAAAGCAAGCUAUUGAGAAACCAUACGUUAUGGUUUACAGGUGGGCAGGCUGGAAGGAAGGCCCUUUGAAUUCAAGUCCAAUUGCAAAGUAAGCUGCAAAGUUCACUCUUAUUCUGUCACCUCCUGACAAAUGUGCAAAUGCCUUGAUACCAAAUGCUGAAAUGAUCUCUCUUGUAUUUCAGGAUUUUUUUUCUUUCCUUUAGAGAGCACCUGAUAUUAAGUUGGCAGUAAGAGUAAUACUGUUUAUCUUGGAUUGUACUUAGUAUUUUUACAAACGAACCUGUAACUUCUAGACUUUGCCUUUCCAUGAUAUUUGCAGGCUAAGCACCCAUUUGUUUACGAAAAGAGGGGUGGAGCGUGGAAAGAAAUGUGCUGACCUGGAGCUAACCCUGCGUGUUGUCCAUGUUCUGCGUAUUUGAGAAAGAGCUUCAUUUAUAAACCAGGUUCCCAACCUGAACUGAUUUUAUGAAUGACCUCUGUAUUGUAUUAUUAAUUACCAGAGAAUGUAUUUGAGAAUCACAGUGUAUUUCAAUUGUGAAGCAUGAAUUUUAUUUUCAAACUAAGCUGGUGUAAUAGGGGGGCAUAUUAUCGCAUGUCAUUAA